ACAAGAAACAAAUCCAGCCUCAAAUGUGCAGAUGGACCCAUGACAGAUGAAGAGGGAGGAUGGGAGCAACUGUUAGCAAAAAUGAUGGAUCCUGCUUCAGUCCUGCUUCAGUCCUGCUUCGGUCCUGCUUCGGUCCUGCUUCGGUCCUGCUUCGGUCCUGCUUCGGUCCUGCUUCGGUCCUGCUUCGGUCCUGCUUCAGUCCUGCUUCAGUCUUUGUUGAUCUUCAUUUUUAAACUACUGUAAAACUGGUGCUACACAACCCUGAUACAGUUUUUACAAGUGUUAAGAUGCCAGAAAAUCUUAGUUAGAUACAAACCAGCAUCAGAUUCUAAUAUAUGGUGACUGUGAGUGUGUGAGAGAGAGAAAGAAGAGGAGAGAGGGAGAGAGAGAGUAGGAGGGAGAGAGGGAGGAGCUAUGGGUUUUUCCAGGCUGUGGACAGAGCAUAAAAACAGCUGUGACACAUUAACUGACACAAGAAGAGCCAGACUCAGUGAGUACAAAACGACUUCUGUUUUAAACCUGUUAAAAUGGUGCAGGAGAGAGGAUUCUUAUGGUUGACUAUAGAGAGAAUGGUUUACUAUCUAACUAUCUUUUACUGGAUUAACUGUUUUGUAUCUAAUGCUGGUCUAGACCAGUCCGUAUUCAGUCCUUAUUCAGUCCUUAUUCAGUCCUUAUUCAGUCCUUAUUCAGUCCUGCUUCAGUCCUGCUUCAGUCUUUGUUUAUGUUAAGUCUGAUAUUUAAGUGUUGAAGUUUAAGUGUUUUUUCCCUUGGUUUAGUCUUGGUUCCUGUUUGGUUUUGUAGAGAAAACAUCCAUUUAACUGCGGCUAUGCUGCAUGUACAUGUGUUUUUGAUCUUGGUUCAGUCCUGGUUCAGUCCUGGAUUAGCGUUUCUAGACUUUUCAGACUUUUAUUUUGAAGAGAACAAAUAGACCCUUAGUGAUACAUCACUGAUCAUUGUCAAUCACUUAUUAUUAGGUAAUCUGAUUACUCUAGUUUUCAGAUUUUUACUGGCCCUGUAAAUGUACCCAAUGUCUCUUUUGAUCAAAUCCUAAUAAAGGCUACUGAGGAUAAUGGGAAUGUUACGCAGUCAAGCUUUAAUGACUACAUGCUCUUUGGUUAUCUGAUUACUCUAGUUACUCUAGUUAUCUGAAUAAUCUAGUUAUCUGGUAACUCUAGUUAUCUGGUAACUCUAGUUAUCUGGUAACUCUAGUUAUCUGGUUACUCUAGUUGUCUGGUUAUUCUAGUUAUCUGGUUACUCUAUUCAUCUGGUUACUCUCGUUACCUGAUUACUCUAGUUAUCUGGUUACUCUAGUUAUCUGAUUACUGUAGUUUUCUGGUUACUCUAGUGAUCUGGUUACUCUAGUUAUCUGAUUGCUCUAGUUUUCUGGUUACUCUAAUUUUCUGGUUACUCUAAUUUUCUGGUUACUCUAGUUUUCUGGUUACUCUAAUUUUCUGGUUACUCUAGUUUUCUGGUUACUCUAAUUUUCUGGUUACUCUAGUUUUCUGGUUACUCUAGUCAUCUGGUUACUCUAGUUUUUUGGUUACACUAUUUUUUUGGUUACACUAGUUAUCUGGUUACUCUAGUUAUCUGAUUACUCUAGUUAUCUGAUUACUCUAGUUAUCUGAUUCCUCUCGUUAUCUUUUUACUCUAGUUAUCUGACUUCUCUAGUUCUCUGGUUAGUAUAUCUGAUUACUCUAGUUAUCUGAUUUUGAUGAGUCUACCUUUGUCCCUAUCUGUUCCCCGCUCCAGUCCAUUGCCCCCAGGUGUUCUGCUGUUGUCCAAAAAUGAGACUUCGCUCCGGCUCCGCAGACUCACACGGUGGCACACUCGGGUUCAACUUCCUGCCCGAGUUCUCCAGCAGGGGCGGGGUCAGAGGUCGCCUCCAGAGGUUAUUCAGAGGAACCAGGAGCCCGGCAAACGUCGCUGCUGUUGAUGCUAAUGCUGAUGCUAAUGCUAAUGCUACAAAAGAAGUCAUAUCCACAGCUGAGGAGCCUGAAGAGCUCUACACUUUUAAGGACCAUCUGGAGCAGCAGCGUUUCUCUGAGGUGAGCCAACUCCUCAUCGACGAAGAAAAUGAACUAUUUUUGCAAACAAAUGAAUCCGUCCAACUUCUGAACUCUGCGACUGACGAACUCCAAAACAGCCACCAAAAACUAGAGGAAGCCAUUUUGAAAACCAUCCGUCUUUCCCUCAACCGCGGAGAAGUUAGUCCAGAGGUUUUAAGAUCUGCUGUGACUGCAAUGUGCAAAGAAACGGACCAAGAUCUUUUCUGGAUACAACAAAGACAAGAUGAAAAACCAAAAUGGCGUCCAAGUAGCUUACAAAAUGAGCACGACAAGGUGUUGAAUUUCUUGGUUGAUGAAAGAAUGGACAACCCGACUGCACCAUGCUGUUCGCCUGAAACAGUCCAAGGCUCCUCCAUCCAAACUGAUGUGUGGGGGAUGGGGAGGCAGGUGAAGCAGGACCUGGAGACAGUGGUGGAGGUGAUACGAACGUGUUACCCAAAAAACAUGGAUAUUUGUAACAUCUACGCCAAAUUGUUUCAUAACGCUUUGGGGACGCGGCUACAGAAAAUUGCAGAGUUUGGGUUGGAUGAUAAAGACUGUACCUUUAUACUGCGAUGGGUCAAUGAGUUCUAUCCACAGAUUCUUCAGAAACCAACUUUAUCUGAACACAUCCGAACAGCUGAUUUAAACAAACUCCUGCCUUCAUCUCUACUGCAGCCACUAGAAGAACAAUAUCUGUCCAAACAAAAAACUGAAAUGCUGACCUACAUUAGUGAAGUGUUGAAUGCAGCUAAGGAGCUGUGGACCAAUGGAGAAAUGCCAAAAACAGAAGAUGGCUGCUUCAUCAGUUACACGGCCUACGACAUCAUCCAGGUGGUAAAUGGCGCAGUGACUUCAUCAGAGACAGUUUUGGGCGAUCGGACAAAAGCUCAGAGUCUAACCACCCUCCUACCAGAACUACUCCAAAGCUAUAAAUCUUUCCUGGAUGACGUCAUCAGAAGCAGCAAAUCAAACAGCGGUCCUACAGUGAAAGCCAACCUCCACUGCAUCCAACAGUUCAGGAACGUCCUGGUGGGGAAGAGUUUCUUGUUUCCAGAUGAAGUCAGAGCUCAGUGUCUGUCCAUCCUCAAAGAAAUGCAAGAGUCUGCUCAAAGUUAUCUGCUGAGUCCAGUCCACGCACAGCUCAAACCUCUGUACAGGAAGCUAAGCAGUGAUUGGCUGAAAGGAGCUCAGUUUAAGAAGAUUCUGGAAAAUAUUGAAUCCAAAAGUUCGGAUCUGCAGGGACUCGCUCUGACAAGUCACCAGGAGUUGAUGGGUAGAUUCCACUUGGAGGUGUCAGUGGAGUAUGUGAAGAGACUGAUCAGAGGAGAGAAACUAAAGGACACCAAGAAACAACAGGAGGCGCACAACUCAAUACAGAGAGACGCUGGACAACUACAUCAGCUAUUCCGUAAAAUGGGUUCUCAGGAGGAGUGGUUAAAAGACGUUUUGAUCAGAAUCGCAGAAUUACUCAAACUUCAAGAUCUUGUAGCUGUUCAGAUGCACGUGGCCACGAUGGGAACCUCCUACCCAGAUAUCAGUGAGAAGCAUGUUUCAGCAAUCCUCAAACUCAAGUCCAACUUCACCAAAACCAACAGACAAACUGUGAAAGAGACGCUACGAGACAUACUCAACGAAUCUGCUACUACUACAACUACUACUACAGCUGAAAAUACGCAAAUCUUCUUCUCCCUUCUCCCUGUUUAGUUUCUAGUGUUUCAGUCUAAAUGUAAUAAUAAUUUGUACAGAGGUAGGUUACUCAGUUACUUUUACCCAAGUCACUUUUUCAAGAAAUUGUACUUUUCUGAGUACGUUUAUAGCAGCAUACAUACUUCAGGUUUGGUUCCUCUUCCCACUGUGAGUAAAUCUAAAGUGACUUGAGCUUUAUGUAAUAAUAUGAAGUGAUUUGAACAUUUGUGUUUCUGGCUCCUUCAGAUAUGAUUCAGUUUGUCUCAUGUUCGUGUCCAUCCUUUGAAAAUACCAGAUUUGGUGCAUUAUUUAAUGAUUUGUCCUUCAUAAUGGCAUUAACUUCACAACUUCAUACUUCUGCUUGAGUAAUAUUAUUUUGAAGUAAUGUUACUCUUACUUGAGUACAGUUUUUGACUACUCUACCACCUCUGAAUGUGUAAAGCUCAGCUGGUCUUACAGAUGUAAAGAAGCUAACGAUACUGUUAGACGCUGCUGUUUUGAAUUUGUAUAUUUUGCUUAAGGUGCAAUAAUGAGUGAUAUGAAUAUGAAAGUGUUUUAUGCAGUUUUCAGUGUUUGUUAUAUACAUAGAUUUUACCACUGAAAAUAAAAGAUCU